AUGACUGGCACUGCGCAAGCCGAGUCGGACACGACUUUGAUCACCACCACGCUGACAGCUACUUCUGCCGACACAAGUACUACUACAAGCGCGGACACCGAGUCAGAGAGCAUUUCUUCCUUCACCACUGCCCCAACAACAAUUACCGCAAACGCGACGACUACAACAUCCGAACCCACCACAACUUCUGCUGCACCACAGGAGCCAACUGCCUGCGCUGAUUAUCCGAACCCGUACACUGCGACCAACGGCGAGUCCUUCGGAAUCAGGUGCAACGUUAUGUCAGGCGUGACGGUAUAA